AACCUCAUCAAUUUUCAUACCCUAAUCCGUAGCAGGAAUCUACAGCACCAUCCUCCAUAGCCACCACAUCAUAGCCAGCAAUGGCCACCACAAAGCCAUUGUUAACCGACUUAGCCUCCACCGUUGAUCGUGUUCCCUCUAACUUCAUCAGGCCCAUUGGUGACCGUCCAAACCUUCAGCAACUUCACUCCUCCAUUGCUUCUAUUCCCAUCAUCGACCUUCAAGGCCUUGGUGGCUCCAAUCAUUCCCAAAUCAUCCAAAACAUUGCACAUGCUUGCCAAAAUUAUGGCUUCUUUCAAAUUGUGAACCAUGGGAUUCCGGAGGAGGUGGUGAGCAAGAUGGUGAAUGUGUCAAAAGAGUUCUUUGGUUUGCCGGAGAGUGAGAGGCUGAAGAAUUACUCUGAUGACCCAACCAAGACCACAAGACUCUCCACCAGUUUCAAUGUCAAGACUGAGAAAGUUUCCAACUGGAGAGACUUCUUGAGACUUCACUGCCACCCCCUUGAGGAUUACAUUCAAGAAUGGCCUGGCAACCCUCCAUCUUUCAGGGAAGAUGUGGCGGAGUAUAGUAGAAAGAUGAGGGGUUUAUCACUGAAGUUGCUUGAGGCUAUCUCAGAGAGUUUGGGGUUGGAAAAGGAUUAUAUAGACAAAGCAUUGGGGAAACAUGGGCAGCACAUGGCCAUAAACUACUACCCUCCAUGUCCUGAGCCAGAGUUAACAUAUGGUUUGCCAGCUCAUGCUGACCCAAAUGCAAUUACUAUUCUGCUCCAAAAUCAAGUCCCUGGCUUGCAAGUCCUCCAUGAUGGCAAGUGGCUAACCGUCAAUCCUGUUCCUAACACCUUCAUUGUCAAUAUUGCUGACCAAAUUCAGGUGAUAAGCAACGAUAGGUACAAGAGUGUGCUGCAUCGAGCAUUGGUGAAUUGUGAGAAGGAGAGAAUGUCCAUUCCAACAUUCUAUUGCCCUUCACCUGAUGCAUUGAUAAAACCAGCACCACAACUCGUAGACAAGGAACAUCCUGCGCAGUACACAAACUUCACAUACAGAGAAUACUACGACAAGUUCUGGAUCAGAGGACUUUCAAAAGAAACAUGCGUGGACAUGUUCAAGGCUCAAGAUUAAAUUAGCUCAACCAUAUUGCUGACAAAAAUAUGCGCGCACACUAGUUGAAGAACUUUAGUUUAUCUCAUUUUGAAUAUUAGACACCAGUUAAUGAGCUUUUAAUUUAGGUGAAAGGUCUUCAGAGUUUUUGAAAUUUGUACGUAGAGAUCUUUUUAUACACAAAUAAAAUAAAUUAUCAUAUGAUUUGCGAGUAUUGA